AUGAAUGAAGUAUUCUUCACAGCAGAAGAUUUGGGCUUGAAGUUGUUCUAUCAGGAUACAGAUAGUUUACACUUGUAUGAGAAGGACUUAGAUAAGUUAGCAGAAGAAUACAAGAGAAGGUAUAACAGAGAACUCAUUGGAAAAGCACUGGGUCAAUUUCAUUCAGACUUUGCAGAGAUUACUGCAGGACAUAUGUCUAAGGCACAAAGAUCUAUAUUCGUUGGAAAGAAGACUUACCUCGACGAAUUAACCAAUGACCUCAAGGAAAUUGCUUUCCACUGUCGAAUGAAGGGAAUCACACAGGACGUAAUUGCACUUACUGCAAACCAAAUGUUCCCAGAUGCGAUACAAGUACAUUAUGACGAGAAGAAAGGUUUGUUCUUCCCUGAGAAAGUUGGGGAAAAAUAUAGCAUCGUGGAAUUGUACAAAUCUCUUUAUGAAGGUGAUGAGAUAACCUUUGACUUGUGCAUUGGUUCGAAACCAUGCUUCAACAAAAAUAAGGACUUCACUAUUUCAACGAAGUCAUCUUUUGAACGUAAGUUAAAGUUCUAA